AUGCUCAGCUUUGUGGAUACGCGGACUUUGUUGCUGCUUGCAGUAACUUCGUGCUUAGCAACAUGCCAAUCUUUACAAGCGGCAACUACGAGAAAGGGCCCAACCGGAGAUAGAGGACCACGUGGAGACAGGGGAGCAGCGGGCCCAUCAGGCAGAGAUGGUGAAGAUGGUAUCCCAGGCCCUCCUGGUCCUCCUGGUCCUCCUGGCCCCCCUGGCCCGCCUGGUCUCGGCGGGAACUUUGCUGCUCAGUAUGAUGCCAAAGGUGUUGGCCCUGGACCGAUGGGUUUAAUGGGACCUAGAGGCCCUCCAGGUGCAACUGGACCCCCUGGCCCUCCAGGUUUCCAUGGACCUGCUGGUGAGCCUGGUGAACCUGGUCAAACUGGUCCUGCGGGUUCUCGUGGUCCACCUGGCCCUCCUGGCAAGGCUGGUGAGGAUGGUCACCCUGGAAAACCUGGACGACCUGGUGAGAGAGGAGUUGUUGGACCACAGGGUGCUCGUGGUUUCCCUGGAACCCCUGGACUGCCUGGCUUCAAGGGCAUUCGGGGACACAAUGGUCUGGAUGGAUUGAAGGGACAGCCUGGUGCUCCAGGGGUGAAGGGUGAACCUGGUGCUCCUGGUGAAAAUGGAACUCCAGGUCAAGCAGGAGCCCGUGGGCUUCCUGGUGAGAGAGGACGUGUCGGUGGCCCUGGUCCAGCUGGUGCCCGUGGAAGUGAUGGAAGUGUGGGUCCCGUGGGUCCUGCUGGUCCCAUUGGUGCUGCUGGCCCUCCAGGCUUCCCUGGUGCUCCUGGUCCCAAGGGUGAACUUGGACCUGUUGGUAACCCUGGUCCUGCUGGUCCUGCAGGCCCUCGUGGUGAAGUUGGUCUUUCAGGUGUUUCUGGCCCUGUUGGACCUCCUGGUAACCCUGGAGCCAAUGGCCUUGCUGGUGCUAAGGGUGCUGCUGGCCUUCCUGGUGUUGCCGGGGCUCCUGGUCUCCCUGGUCCCCGUGGGAUUCCUGGCCCUCCUGGUUCUGCCGGUGCUACUGGUGCUAGAGGACUCGUUGGUGAGCCUGGUCCACCUGGUUCCAAAGGAGACAGUGGUAGCAAGGGUGAACCUGGCUCUGCUGGCCCCCAAGGUCCUCCUGGUCCCAGUGGUGAAGAAGGAAAGAGAGGCCCCAAUGGUGAAGCUGGAUCUACUGGCCCUGCAGGACCUCCUGGGCUGAGAGGUAGUCCUGGUUCUCGUGGUCUUCCUGGAGCUGAUGGCAGAUCUGGUGUCAUGGGCCUUCCUGGUAGUCGUGGUGCAACUGGCCCUGCUGGUGUCCGAGGUCCCAGCGGAGAUGCUGGUCGCCCCGGGGAGCCUGGUGUCAUGGGACCCCGAGGUCUUCCUGGUUCCCCUGGAAAUGUUGGCCCAGCUGGUAAAGAAGGUCCUGCAGGUCUCCCUGGUAUUGACGGUAGGCUUGGCCCAGCUGGCCCCACGGGAGCAAGAGGAGAGCCUGGUAACAUCGGAUUCCCCGGACCCAAAGGCCCCACUGGUGAUCCUGGCAAAAAUGGUGAAAAAGGUCAUGCUGGUCUUGCUGGCCCUCGGGGUGCUCCAGGUCCUGAUGGAAACAACGGUGCUCAGGGACCUCCUGGACCACAAGGUGUCCAAGGUGGAAAGGGUGAACAGGGUCCUGCUGGUCCUCCAGGCUUCCAGGGUCUGCCUGGCCCCGCUGGUACAGCUGGUGAAGCUGGGAAACCAGGAGAAAGGGGUCUCCAUGGUGACUUUGGUCUCCCUGGUCCUGCUGGUUCAAGAGGGGAGCGUGGUCCCCCAGGUCCGAGUGGUGCUACUGGUCCUGCUGGUCCUACUGGAAGCCGUGGUCCUUCUGGACCCCCAGGACCUGAUGGAAACAAGGGUGAACCUGGUGUAGUCGGUGCUCCAGGCACUGCUGGUCCAUCUGGUCCUAGUGGACUCCCAGGAGAGAGGGGUGCUUCUGGCAUACCUGGAGGCAAGGGAGAAAAGGGAGAAACUGGUGUCAGAGGUGAAGCUGGUAACACUGGUAGAGAUGGUGCUCGUGGUCCUCCUGGUGCUGUAGGUGCUCCGGGUCCUGCAGGAGCCACUGGUGACCGGGGUGAAAGUGGUUCUGCUGGUCCUGCUGGUCCUGCUGGCCCUCGUGGUAUCCCUGGUGAACGUGGUGAGGUUGGUCCCGCUGGUCCCAACGGAUUUGCUGGUCCUGCUGGUGCUGCUGGGCAACCUGGUGCUAAAGGAGAGAGAGGAACCAAGGGUCCUAAGGGCGAAAAUGGUCCUGUUGGCCCCACUGGCCCUGUUGGAGCUGUUGGUCCAGCUGGUCCAAAUGGUCCCCCUGGUCCUGCUGGAAGUCGUGGUGAUGGUGGCCCCCCUGGUGCUACUGGUUUCCCUGGUGCUGCUGGACGGACCGGUCCUCCUGGACCUUCUGGUAUUACUGGCCCUCCUGGUCCCCCUGGUCCUGCUGGUAAAGAAGGUCUUCGUGGUCCUCGUGGUGACCAAGGUCCAGUUGGCCGAACUGGAGAAACAGGUGCAUCUGGCCCCCUUGGCUUUACUGGUGAGAAAGGUCCUCCUGGAGAGCCUGGUGCUGCUGGACCUCCUGGUACCCCAGGUCCUCAAGGUCUUCUUGGUCCUCCUGGUAUUCUGGGUCUCCCAGGCACUAGAGGUGAACGUGGUCUACCAGGUGUUGCUGGAGCUGUGGGUGAACCUGGUCCUCUCGGCAUCGCAGGCCCUGCCGGUGCCCGUGGUCCCCCUGGUGCUGUGGGUAGCCCUGGUGUUAAUGGGGCUCCUGGUGAAGCUGGUCGUGAUGGCAACCCGGGGAGUGAUGGUCCCCCAGGCCGUGAUGGCAUCCCUGGACACAAGGGAGAUCGUGGUUACCCUGGCAAUGCUGGCCCUGUUGGCACUGCGGGUGCACCUGGCCCUCACGGCUCCGUGGGUCCCGCUGGCAAACAAGGAAGCCGUGGUGAACCUGGUCCUGCUGGUUCUGUUGGUCCCGUUGGUGCUGUUGGUCCAAGAGGUCCUAAUGGCCCCCAAGGUCUUCGAGGUGAUAAGGGAGAGCCUGGUGAAAAGGGGCCCAGAGGUCUUCCUGGCCUUAAGGGACACAAUGGAUUGCAGGGUCUUCCUGGUCUUGCUGGUCAACAUGGUGAUCAAGGUUCUCCUGGCACUGUGGGUCCUGCUGGUCCUAGGGGCCCUGCUGGUCCCUCUGGCCCUGUUGGCAAAGACGGUCGCCCUGGGCAUUCUGGUCCGGUUGGACCUGCUGGCGUCCGUGGCUCUCAGGGUAGCCAAGGUCCUGCUGGUCCUCCUGGUCCCCCUGGUCCUCCUGGACCUCCUGGCGCAAGCGGUGGUGGUUAUGACUUUGGUUAUGAAGGAGACUUCUACAGGGCUGACCAGCCUCGCUCACCGCCUUCUCUCAGACCCAAGGAUUAUGAAGUUGAUGCCACUCUGAAAUCCCUCAACAACCAGAUUGAGACCCUUCUUACUCCUGAAGGCUCUAAGAAGAACCCAGCUCGCACUUGCCGUGACUUGAGACUCAGCCACCCAGAGUGGAGCAGCGGCUACUACUGGAUUGACCCCAACCAAGGAUGCACUAUGGAUGCUAUCAAAGUGUACUGUGAUUUCUCUACCGGUGAAACCUGCAUCCGGGCCCAACCUGAGAACUUCCCAGCCAAGAACUGGUACAGGAGCUCCAAGGCCAAGAAGCACAUCUGGUUAGGAGAAACUAUUAAUGGUGGUACCCAGAUUGAAUAUAAUGAAGAAGGAGUGACCUCCAAAGACAUGGCUACCCAACUUGCCUUCAUGCGCUUGCUGGCCAACCAUGCCUCUCAAAAUAUCACCUACCACUGCAAGAACAGCAUUGCAUACAUGGAUGAGGAGACUGGCAACCUUAAAAAAGCCAUCAUUCUGCAAGGCUCCAAUGAUGUUGAACUUGUUGCUGAGGGCAACAGCAGGUUCACUUACACUGUUCUUGUAGAUGGCUGCUCCAGAAAGACAAACGAAUGGGGAAAGACAAUCAUCGAAUACAAAACAAAUAAGCCAUCUCGCCUGCCCAUCCUUGAUAUUGCACCUUUGGACAUUGGUGGCGCUGACCAAGAAUUCGGUUUGGACAUUGGCCCAGUCUGUUUCAAAUAA